AAGUUUGUAGUGACGGAUUGUAUGCUUGCUUGCUUUUUACUUACUUAAUUACUGAUUUUGUUUGUUAAAACAGUUUUUGAUUACUUAAUUACUCGUAGUGAAAAAGUGAAGCAACAUCAUACCGUUUCCUUUUUCUCCUUUGUCUUGGCCUUGAUCUGAAACAAGAAAUUGAAAUUGACGAAAUUGAAAUUGACUGCCUUCGUUCCAGCGUGUCUGGGUAGUUUCUUGGUGCUUGUUUUCCGUUGCAGAGCAGAAUGCCGAAAAAGCCACACGCGAAGGAGGAAGACGAACCAUGCGAUAUGAAGAGUUAUUCAUUGUUAGAAGCACGAGUUCUAGUCAUAGAAAAUAAAGUGUAACUUCUGAGAAGGCCGUUUGCCAGCGAUAUGACUUAUCAAGUAGUUAAUCUUUCGAUAUUUAGAGCAGAUACGACGAGGACUUUUUCUGCUAAUGACAGCACGCUGUUGCUCAAUAGCGCACGAACGAUGAUCACAACUGCCUCUUUCUAAGCAAGAAAUAGAAGAUCAAAAAUCAAGUGGCAGAGAGGAGAAUCGCCUUUCGCCCGCGACUUCAUGCGAUGACGACUAUGACGACGAUGGUGCAAGUCAACACGAGUUCGCGACUUUCCUGCUUGGGAAGAAACGUAAUUACUUCCAUGCAGUGAAAUGUUGUUACCGAUUUUCUCCUCUGUGAAUGAUUGGAACUGCUCUUCAGACGGAAACAACUACAUGUACAUCAUACUCAUAGGUCCGUUCACGGUACGUCGGGAGAAGUUUACAUUUGCGCAAAUAUUUUUGCGCAAUCUCACGAUUCCCCGGAUGCUAUGGCUAGUCGUUGCUGCCGCUGGCUAUGCUAUGCUCAUACUGUACACUCCGAAUGAACCGCGCGAUGACGGAACAAGGCCAUUGGACCUCUACUACAACACGGGGAAGAAAGAGUACAACUUCUAGUACAGGAAUUUCUUAUUAUUUUGUUCUUGGAGGUCCUUUGUGACACUAGGAUGAUCCAAGUGGUUCUUCCAACGAUGUUUCGUUAGCUGAAGAUCACGACUCAUUCAUUGGAGGAAAGUUGCAUUGUCUUCAACACGAAUCUCAGAACGAUUUAGACUUACUUUGUCUCAUUUCCAGUGCCGACGGCGCCCUUGUCUACAAACCAAACGUGGAACGCAAUCCGCUCUUCAAAUGGCUAGUCGCGUCAUCGCUGAUGCUGCUGAUGCUCCUCAUGCUUGAAGAGAUGAACGUGGGCCUGGCGAUGUUCCUCGUUGCCUUCAAACUCUGGUUCUUCGGUGUGGCCACAAACUUCUGGGGUGGUCUUAUUUCUAGCGCAGUCAUCCUUUAUGCGGCUCUUUUUGUCAUCGCCUGCGCGUUCGCGGAAACACAAGUGCUGGAGAAGGUACUUAGUGCUGUUGUGUGAUAAAAAUUUGCAAGGUCCUUUACAUUGGAUCUCUAGUGCUAGUACGACAUUCGUUCGAGCAACCUCCACGUACUCACGACCCAACUUUCCAUUGCUCGUUGAUAUUUAGUACAUUUAGCCUUUUCCAUUCAAAUUUUCUGCAGCUUAUCGGCCGUCUUGUUGGCAGACCCGAAAAUGGAGUUGGCAUGCUCAGGCUCUUCGUGCCGUUGAUGUGCCUAUCAGCUGUUUUGAACAAUGGGCCAUGCACGGCGAUAGGAAUACCCAUUUUACGGACUACUUCUGUAAUUUUUUUUUAGAGGCAAGGGCAUUGUUGAGAUAGAACAGGCGACCCGGAGCCCUCGCCUAAGACAAAUAGAAACGGCAGAAAGGAUGCUUUCAGCAAAAAUGGGUUGCAGUAAGAUCAUCUAAGCCUUGCGAUGUCAGUCGCCGAUCGAGUCGGGAAAUACCUGCCAGCUGUGUUUAUCAUGGCUGUUCCUUUUGCUGCGACACUGGGUGGGAGUAUAACGACGAUCGGCUCGAGUCCGAACUUCGCGGCGCAAGAUUUUAUCAACGACGAGGGAGUCGACACAGGUGAGACUAUAUAGACGAGAAUGCGUCCUCUGGGACCAGGAAAUCAUUGCGAAGCGCAUGCCCAUGCGCACGCACAUAAAUGAGACGAGGCCCCGCAAAUGCUGCAAAGCCGUGCACGGAGUGGCGCGCAGAUUGUCUAAAGCGCUCAGCCAACAGCGCAACGCACAGGGCCCGGCACGCCGAUGCUGUGACAUUUGGCGGCAUGAGGCGCCGGCCAUCGUCCGCGCCCUGUUUCCUCUUGCUUGUGCGCAAUAGAUAGGGGAAACCCAGGCGCAGCGCGGUGCGACUUGGGGGCCACUUUGCUCAAGGUCCAAACCAACGGGGACGGACGCGGCUGACAGUUUGCGGCUGGCUCGAGGAGCUGCAGCUGAAUCCACGGAAAUGGAGACGCGGCCAGCAGUUGCAAGCGGCUGACUGACUCGCAUCGGGCUCCGCUUCCUAGGUAAGCGCCCGCGCUUCUAUGGCGUUCGCGUAGUCAUUUGCUUGGUGGCCAAGGAGCGCGGUGGACCGGCUUGGCCCUGGAGUUCAAUGCGUGGGGAUGUCUGACGCCUCGCCAAGGGGACUCGGUCACCUUCGAAGACGGACUCCGACAAUUUUGCUGGGCCGGUGAUACUGCUCUUGGGCGUGGCUGUUUACUGAUUAGCAUGCGAGUGGCGGCAGCCCCAACCAGCAGGGGGGGCAAGUGGCCGCGGAGGGCACUGCAUGCCAGAGGCUUGGCCUCCCCAUCGGAGUGGGCGCCGGAUAGAACGCACACGCCCAACCAAGGCGGGCGGCGCAAAGCUGUUCCCGGUUCAUCAACCCGAGCCUGACAAGGCGCGCCUCUGCGUACUAGGUUGACUGCCGCAGUCGGAAGACUUUCUGCGGCUUGUCUUGUGUCGGAAAGCAAAGGCGCGGCGUAGUCGGCAGAUCGAUGAAAGAAGAGGGCUGCGCUUGUGCUGUGUCGGUUUGUCUGCUGAGUUGUGUGCUUAUGAAGUUCCCCCGGCUGGGGGCUGGGUUGGCUGGGCUGUUUUCAUUCUUGUCGCAGGGGGUGCUUCUUUCUGCUUCUUCUUCUCGCUCCAUGCUUUCAGGAGUAGGGAGCGCACCUACUUGCUGCUGGAGAGCUCUCCCCCAAACAAUCGGCGGGCGGGGGAGGUUUCUCGCGCUGGCACUCAGUCGAUGCCGUCAGCGUCGGGCGUCACAUACUCUCGCCGGUCUGCACGCUUUGGCGCUGAACGAAGUGAGGCGUCGACUUUCUUCUGGGCGUCGCGGUGUCGAGUUUCUUCUCAUCGGUGUCAAGAAUCUCGAAGACUCAAGACUGUGGAGAGCUUCGCCUUAAGUGGGAAGCGGGCCUCAGUCGAUUGCGGCGGCUUCUGUCGCAGUCGCUGGCUUUGUCUUCAUCGGUGUCAGGGGUCGCAGGCAAGCGCCCAACGAGAACAGGAGCAAGGGAGUACAUAACUGAGGGGCGAUGUACAUUUCGAACCCUCUACGCGAAGACAAGACUGCUGCGCUUUCUUUUCAAGAUCAAGACGAGGCGCCUGUCGGGCGGUGUGUGUGCUUCUGGGCGCUGGGGGCGUAAGGUAGGCAAGGCGCUGAGCUUGUGGCUGGCUGCCUUUGUUUGGGUUGUCGUGUGCUUGUGCUUCUGCUUGUUUGGCUGGUUUUGAUUCGUUCUACUUCUACAUCAGAGGCUCUUAAAAACGGGCUUGCUAUGUCGGAUAAAUAUGCAUUAAGUGUUGGGUGGAUGCAGGCCCCACAAAUGGGUGCUGCAGCUGUUCUCUUUCCUUGCUACGGGCUUGUUGGUAGUUAUACGGGCCUGCGUUGGUCAGGAAGCGGCACGCGUGUGCGUGGGAUAGUGCUGGGCGUAUCCUCUUCGGAAAAGAAACGUGAACGACCGUGGCGGCUUCUUGUCACCCGCCAUGAUGCACCUGGAUGGGUGGGCGUGUUCGUUGCGGCAGGUUAAUUGCUUGGCGGUGCCCUUUGUUUCUGAGGGUGCCGCGUACCUACUCGCAGACAGCGAAUAAAGCAAGAAGGAGUAGCAAAAGAGACACCAGCUAGGAGAGUGCUUCUAGUUACUUAGUUGAAAAUAUAAUCAUCUCAGGUGGGAAGUGGAGAUGUUUAGCGAGCGAGGCAUUGAUAGUUUUCAGAGAAAGGGAGAUCCGCUCAACCGGAGGGGAGCUUCUUGACUUUGACGUACCGAAAAUUCUCAAGCCGUCAUUCAAGAGCCUGGCACUUGCUUCCUCGCCAACAUACCCUUUGACGAAAACGGAGAUGCUCCAUGGUAUCUACAUGUUUUCCAUUUGAGAUGCUCUGAUCGAUGUGCGGAAGUACAUCAUCAGGAGGAAAGCCAGGCCUUCUUAUUUACGAAGAAACCUUGUUGCUCCUGUGCCUGUGGUGACUUCUAUGUGUUUUUUUUUGAUAUCAAUCUCGCACCUAUAAGUACAACUGAGAUUGAGAAUGAGACGCAUUCCUGUUUCCGAUCCACUUUAUCCUGUACCGUGGUAAACGUAAUCAACAGAUGCUUUCGAGCGAUUUCCCGACUCCGUGUUUGCGGGAUGCAACGUCAUGCGUGGCGCUGAGUUGAAAGUGAGUGAACGGAAAGCGAAGCUCAAGGUCGGCCAGAGCGUUGCCGACGUUCCGAAGUUGGAGAAGGCCUACAAGUUGUGUUAUCAGCUUGACCUUUGUGUCGGCUUCUUCUUUCUCGAUUUUGCAAAUAACGAAGUGGCAACGUUUUGCAAGGUUGACUCUCUAGAAGACAUCGGAGGUCUGCAGAAUCCAAGCACUGCUUUACAAAUGAUCAGCACAGCCACAUCGUCAAGCAGAAGUUUACCUGGUGCCGAAGCUCGUGGCCAUGGAGCGGUUGCAAGUGCUAAUACGCGGCGGCUAGGCGGAAGGGGGGGAGGACAAGCGGAAGGGCGCGAAGAUGGGAAAAACAUAGUAGUUGUAGAAGAACAAGAAGUCGGACAACAUGGAAUUGGUGGAUCUGCAGAACAAGUAGGCCAAAUAAGCACUGAUGAUUCUGAGAUGAACAGGAGUAGGAGUACAGGUACUAUAGCGGAACAAGUCUCCGAUAGUGAUAGACCUCAGCAGCCAAAGCCUCCUUCGCGUGUGUCGUCCGCAGCGUCGUCCGUUUUCACUGCGUCAAUAGCAGGCUCAGGAGAUGUGGCGCGGUCUCCUAGUCACGGAAGUGCGUCCUCCUCAAGCAUGUUAACUCCGAUAGCAGAAACUGGUGGAGUCGCCAGCAGAGAUAUACUAGAGAGUGCUGUAAGCAGUAUAGCUGUGACCCGUGCUGCAGGGUCCGACAUAGUAGCGGAGCAUGAAGAACCACCGCCACUUCCACAGGGAAGAGCGGUACCUCCAUUCACCACCGUUGAAGGUGAGCUAGAACUAGUGCCUGACUCGUCGGCUCAGCUACAAGUGCAGACCGGGCGGUCGGGUUCGGUAGCCUUUGUAAAGCAGUUCGAGUGGGACCAGGAUGGCCGACCAAGGGCUAGGCAGCGAGAAUGGAAGCGUGUGGAUACGAAGACAGCAUGGCUGGAGGUCGAAAAAGCACUCCUUAGCACUGCGGCUGCGCAGGGAGGCUACCACAAUUACGCACAAUUAUUGCUGUAGUUGGGUUAGACUUAAACUGCAAGAAUUGCUGGAAAUAAUUUUAUACAUAGAAGAUACAUAGAGAAUCGUCAACCUGUACUCGUUUGAAGGUUGUAGAAGUGAUGUUUCCUAUGUAUUGUGGUGUUUCCUAUUCUUAGUCGUCCUUUUGUACCUGGAGUAGUCGACCAUCCUGCUUGUUCCUCUUCUAAAAAAGUGACGUGAUAAAGGGUGAAGCGCUAGUAGCUCAUGUGAAGCAGCGGUGCGAUUUUCAGGUAGUUGAGCCCGUUUUCGUUUGCACGGGCUUAGUCGGUGCGACUUUCGGUAUUUUGGGGUUGCUCUACUCGAUGUUCAUUCUUGCCAAGGCGUACCCUCGGAACAACAAGCCCAACGAAGAAGGUGCUUCAGCUGGAGGCACAGGAGAGGCAAAGUCAGUAGUUGAUGUUACCUCGUCCACAUCGAGAAGUAGAAGCAUAGCCACUAGAAGUAAAGCCAGCAAGGUGAAAGAAGUAGAAGGCGAGACGUCUGAUGACGAGAACCAGAGCGGCGAUGAGGCUAUUGGAGGUAAAAAAAGAGAUGAGGAACAAAGGAGCAAAAAUGAUGAAAAUCCGGUUGAUGCAGUGUCGAUUGAGCUUCCUCGAGGUUCGUGCUUCCGCACUUCCCAGAAAAGCCGAAGCUCUCGGAAUAGACCCAGCGAUGACAGCGAAGACGAUGACGACUCUCUAAAGUUAUGAUAGUUGUUGUAUUGAUGUCUACUGUUGAUACCUCUUAAGUUUGUUGUCUACUGUUGAUACCUCUUAAAAAGUUUGUUGUCUACUGUUGAUACCUCUUAAGUUUGUUGUCGACUGUUGAUACCUCUUAAAAAGUUUGUUGUCUACUGUUGAUACUUCUUAAGUUUGUUGUCUACUGUUGAUACCUCUUAAGUUUGUUGUCUACUGUUGAUACUUCUUAAGUUUGUUGAUCAUGACAAAGAAGAAACGUACAGCAUAAGGCAUUCCGAUCUUCAUGUAUUGAUCAACAUGUCACCACGCGUGAUGUUCAAGGUAGGUCAUGAAUGAAUAGGAAAUUUCAAUGUCUCGACAGACACUUCUGCCCUAAGAAUAGAGUGUGCGGAUCUCGAGCCACUACCGCCUAGGGCGUCGUUCAAUAGUCCUCCAUUACGGGGACACGGGGUUCAAUACGAGUCGGAAUUUCUAUUGACCGAAGACGUCGGAGGAUUGGGUGAGCCCUUCGCACAGUCACCACUCAGUUUCUUCAAGUUAUGCGACAGCUACUUUUUGACGCCACAGAUAAUUACUUACAACUAUCAGAUUGUUAUCGUGUUAUACUACAUAAGAAGAUCAGGGACCUCAACGGACAACUUCUGCAAGUCAUCAUCUACUGGACACUCUUCACACUGUACUAAUUGAUGUGGCUACUUAGCCUCGAUCUCCUGAGUAAACGUUAUCUACUUACUUUUGAAGAGAGCCUCUAAACACUGGACUGCAUAUCCUUGCGUACAACGGGGCUGCGGUUUUCGACAAGGGCGAAACCUUGAUGGAAGUAGGGGAUGCGUUACGGGUUCGCGCAUCAGCCGAAACUAUAGCCAAACUUCGUAGGCAAAUGCCGGGUCUAGUACCGAGCACAGAGCUCUACCAGCUCCUGGGACGCAGCAGGAAAAGCAGAUUACUUUACUUAUGACCUUCGCUGGAGGUGGCGAUAAAGAUCAUCUUAGAUGAACGCUUGAUUAAUAAAAAUAUAUAUAAAUAUCUGAUAUCAUAAUAGAUGGUACUAAGCACAUUACCAGUACAACUGCCAUACAACUAGUCUCUUGUCAUGAUCGAUAGGGAACAAAUGAGAGUUUUCAUUGCUGUCAAAGAAUAGUGUACAACUGUGGCAAAAAGCUUUUUUUUCUUCAUUUCUGCAACUCCAUCUUUCCGCGGCUGCCUUCGAACGCUUCGAUGAGAGGCAAUUCUUUCUGGACUACGAUGCGUGUGUUCUGGGUGUGGACGAAGCUACACAUAUUUAAGGCUCAACUUUCAUUGGUCACCAUUUAGAUUGGAGUCACUGAGAUCGAGGAGGGGCUCUUCUUAGAUCGAAGAGGGGAAAACAAGGGGAGAGGCGCGGGCCCUUUUCUUUCAGAAUCAGUUACCAAUGAGUGUCGACUUUUAACAUAUGGUCCUCGCGGAAGGCUUUCCAUCACUAGCGAAAAGCACGAAUGCAGACUUUCAACUCAUUACACCUGUCGCCGGCAGCAGCCCUCCGAGAUCUACGCAGACGGUCGACAACCUCCGUGGCUACCUCAUUUUCGGCCUCUUUCUAAUGGUCGUUGUGUUGAAUGUUAUGGGAAGAAUUACGUUUCCCAGCUACACUCACUUCAUGUACAACUAUGAAAGGAAAAAGUGCUGCACCUGCCCUCACACUCAACAAAUUGGCUAAGAUUUAAGUGGGAAAGGAGCCACUUUUUUGAGUGUGAGUGCACGUUUUCCAGUAAGUGCUAGGUUGUCACCUUGAUCUUGUUGUCCUAUCACUGUUGCUCAACUGUCCUUGAUACAGUUUAUUUCUACUCUCAAAAGAGUGGACAACUACGUAUUAUCUUCAUACGAGGACCCUCGUCCUCGUCGUGAAAAAUGACACCCCCUCGACGCACACUUGUCCCCGCAUCCGUUCAUUUUUGUCAUAGGGUCAUUGGUAAAAAGCCUGGAGACGUUCAAAAGAGACUUCAACAUGUACCUCUGGAUGGUCGCGCUGGUACUAAUUCUACUUAUAAUAAAUAUCUCUAGUAGCUCUAGCUCACAACAUCAUGUUGGUGAAGUACUAGAGAUAAAGAUAUUAUGUUGUUGUCACAACACGACACUGAAUUAUGAUCAAAAUAAAUCCACAAUUCACAGUUAGCGAUUUUCGUGCGUGCGAUUACCUUCAAGCAAGCGUUGGCAUCGCAGAACGGUGGAACGCUCUUGUUGUUCUCGUUCUCUGGUCCUGUCGCUGGCGCUAUGGAAAAAACAGGUGUCUCCGCGAUGAUCGCGUCCUCUAUCAUGAGCGCGUCGAUGAACAGCGUUCCUCUGGCGAUUUUACUCAUCUACUUUACGGAUCCUUGUUACUUCGUAAAAAACCUCCUGGAUGCGUUUCCCUCGACUUCUGAUCUGUCGUGACUCUACUUCUUAAUUAAAGAUUUAUUUCAAGGGAUGAAGCAAACCGGAACACAGAUCAGGACGCGACAGCAGAUCCAGGAAAUUUAUGCAUUCAUUUACUCGACAGUCAGCUUGCUGACGCAGUUUAUCGAUAAUCGCACUCUCGUAACGAUGCUGAUGAUGCCGGUUCUAGACGUGUGCGUACAAAUGCGAAUGCCCGUAGUGCCACUAAUGACGGUUUUGGUAAACGCGGCAGUCAGUAUUACAACUUGCUAGUAUCGCUGUGAGAUUUUUUUGGUACUCAGGUUUCGAUGAAAAUAGGAGAUUAUGAUUAUCAAAAUUUUUGGUAACUACAGGCUGAUGCGUUCUUGAGGACCAAGUGUCGUCUAAUACUUGUGAUUUGCCUUCUCAAUCUUCUUGCACCUCCAGGAGAACCCUCUACCCCUAAUAGUAAGUACCGAAAUUAAAACACACCCAUCAAAGGUAAUUUUAUGUCACCGAUUGGCUGUUCGCAUAACCAGUUUGCCACGAUGGCCGCGAACUAUACUUUCUUUGAUUUUUUACGAGCCGGUUGGGUCCUGCAGCUUUGCCAUCUCACAGCCGUAUUUAAGGCUCCUGCUAGUAUAUCACUAUCCCAUGAAUGAUGUGGACUAUUUACUGAAUGGACUCCCUCUUAUCUCAAAGGGAUAAUUCUGAGAAGCAGAAAGUGAAAGGGAAUCCACUCAGCCACGGAGAGUGACAAACUACCUUUAAUGUAUGCACCUUCGUCAUCCUUUGGGUUCACGUAUGCUCCUCCACUAGUCCAUCGUUGGAAGGAAUCUUGAUGGUGGAAAGAAGUGCAUAAUCAUAAUCACUUACAUGCCUGGAAUUACAGAUAUUAGAGAUGGUUCAAGUUUUUAGUAGACGAUAGAAUAGACCAUAGACGACAGAAUAGAGGUUCAAGUAAGUAGCUAGAAGACUGCGCAUGUUGUCACGCGAUUGAAAAGAAGUUGCCGUCUCGGUAACUAUGUGAGUAUAUAAAAGUUGUUGAUCAUGAAGUAGUUGUUUGUUGAACAUGCUGCUAUUUCUCUCCAUUCUUGUGUGUGAACGAAAACGAUUAAUGUUUUUUGCUUUAAUUUACUUAGGCCAAGAAAUUCGUUGCACAAAGAACAAAGAAGAAUUUAACGGAAAGACGACGCUACGAUGCGAGGCGCGAUGAUGCCCUUGCCAUCGGAAUUUUCCCUAGGUGAUUUCAACCACGUUAUACUUUUGGUUUCUAGGAACCCAUCCUGAUUAGGUUUUGCUUUUGGUGAUUGACAUAGCAUAGCUAUCGGAAAAACCCUACGACCAAGCCACUAGAAAUUCGUUACACCGACAUCUUGAAGAGUGUAUUCGGAUUUAUCACGUAGACUACACAAUUUCGCACGCUCUUAUAUUCCAGAAAUGAAUAUGCAAGGUUACUAGAAGGACCAGCAUUAUGCGAACAGGAGCUAAAAGUCUAUUUAUUUUGAUUGAACGGGCACGCCAUUUUCGUUGAUCAUGCCACGAUCCUCUUCUCUGUCUGCGUGUGCGUGAGCCUUGCUCGGGAGCAGAAGAUGAGAGGGACUUCAGUGUGUGGAGUCGCCGAUAAUUUAAUGAGUUCUUCUAGUUGACUUUUCUUCUAAUAUGGUUGGUGGGGAGCAGGUGGUCGUCACAGCGUCUGCUUGCCGUCUCCUGCUCCGUACCGAAGGGCCUCUUCUGCUCGCAGAUAUGCUUCUCUACAGUGGUGGAGAGCAUAGGGCGAUGCAGACCGACGUGUAGAAAAGGUAUUUCGAUUUUCCGCUUGCUUUUAUCUUCCCUCCAUGACUAGGUCGUACUCGCAGAAUCAAUGUGCAAAAUUGUUACAGUGCUGUAGUAAACCAGAAACGGUGUAGGGAGUUUAAGCCCGCUAAAGAGUAAAAACGAUUGUUCUCGCUAGCAGUAUUGGAGUUCUUUUCCUUGUUUAUCCGCGGUCGUCGACUCCUGUCUGUCAGUCUUCGUUCAUGUAUCAGUUCAUUUGCUCAGCCUCCACAUUCUGAGUUCACGCAUGAAAGAGGACGAAUACCAAACCCCCCGCACCACAUCACGACUUCACUACUACUAUAAGUAUCUUACCAUAUUGAUUUUGAUUGCUCAUAUUUGGACAUAUUGACAACAAUCAUUAUCUCCCCAAGCGGCCUAACUACUUCUCUUCGUCUUCUAUUUCUCUUGUUUUGAGUAUUUGUAAAUACUUGCACGACUCGCCCCUCCGCAUCAUAUUAUUUUCCUUCCUCCACAUACUAUCCGUGUCUCGACGGUUUCUUAACGCACUAUAUAAUCAAGACAACCCACCAGAUAUAUAAUGAAGAUUUGUUUAUGAGAAAAUUUACAUACGAAGCUAGUAAAGAUGAUGAAGAAAGUGCAUGUAAAUAAGAACAUCUUCGCGUACUACCAAACUGACAUAUAAUACAUAGUGCAUUCAUGUCCGAUACAUAGUGACACGGUUAUGUCCGCUAGAUUCGGACCACCGCGCAUCGCCACUUGAUUGAUUAAUGUAGAGCAGGAUGGUUUUAAAAAACUAUCUGUCUACUUCCCAACCGAGGACGAAGAUGGAUGCCAUAACAAGCUGUUUUCUGCUAGUCACGAAGUCAAUACUAACACAUAGUGAUGACGAUAAGUGCCAAAAAACCGAAAAAAUUGAUGAUCCUCGUGUAAAAAAGAUUGGCAAGAAGGAAUGAAAGCCACUGGUUUUUCUAUUGCGAAGAAAAAAUCACAGUGACGGACAUCAACCGCGAAGCACGAAGGCGCUAUGGCUUUGCGUAAAAUCUUCAACAUGUUGAUGAAUUUCUUGUUGGACAACCACGCUGGCAGGACCAGAGCGACCGGAGAC